AUGGCCGACGUAGAGAUGACCGACGCACCUCCCAAGACCAAGACCUCCAAGUCCGACACUGCUGCCGAUUCUGGAAAGAAGCGCUUCGAAGUCAAGAAGGCNAUCGACUGUCAAGCCAACCAAGCAUCCGCCACCAGUGAGGAAUGUACCGUAGCCUGGGGCAUCUGCAACCACGCCUUCCACUUCCACUGCAUCUCACGUUGGCUCAAGACUCGUCAAGUCUGUCCUCUCGACAACAGAGACUGGGAGUUCCAAAAGUACGGUCGAUAA